AAAUCUGGUUGUAAUGGUUAACACAAUUGAACGACAGGUCAGUUCAGUAAAGGGACCAUAACUUUGGGCGCUCGCGGGGACUCGUAUUACGAAUAUCUACUCAAACAAUACCUCCAAACGGGUAUUCCGUGGCUUAAAGAGGAUUAUUUGAAAGCCAUGGAUGAGGUCCAGAAACGACUGGUGCGCACCACUAAAGGGCCGCUAAAGUUGACAUUCAUUGGCGAAAUACAGAGGGCCGGCAGCUAUACCAGUAGUGAUAUCCACCCGAAAAUGGAUCACUUGGUGUGCUUCCUAUCGGGCACUCUAGCGCUGGGCUACUAUCACGAGGUGAUGAAAGCGCCCAAAAUUCACGGCCACUCUGUGGCCGAGGACUCGCCCUUCAACGAGCACCUGGUGUUGGCCGAGAAGUUGGGCCGAACGUGUCAUUACAUGUAUAACCUCACGAAGACUGGACUCUCGCCGGAGAUCGCGUACUUCGAUGAGACCGGUAAUGACGACGAGCUCCAGAUCAGACCGGCCGACGCCCACAACCUCUUGCGCCCCGAGUUUGUCGAGUCGUUGUUCUACUUGUACCACAUCACUGGCAAACCUAUAUAUAGGACGUGGGGCUGGCAGAUAUUUAAAGCGUUUAAUAAGUACUCGCGCGUGAAGUCCGGUGGCUAUACCUCUAUAGACGACGUCCGCAAUCCAGACAAUGUUCGGCCCAAAGACAUGAUGGAGUCGUUUUGGUUCGCAGAGACCCUCAAGUAUUUAUAUCUGUUGUUUUGUGACGACAAACACGUUGUGAAUCAACUGUUGGACAAGUAUGUGAUCAACACUGAGGGACAUGUGAUCCCCGUGCGAGUGUAAUACAAGUCUAAUUCGUUUUACAAUUAGAUUAAAUGCAAUAUUAAUUUAAUAUUGAUUUCGUGUAAUGAAUAUGUGGUUUGGAGUGAAGGCUUGUUUUUAUUUUGCCAAACAUUCCGAUCAAAUGCAAAUCAGUUGCCAAUUCUAUUGAACUAGUAUUUCAUGUUUAAUAGAAA